AGCCACUUUGACUCAAGCAAUUCUCACUGAAAGCUCUUGCCCUGCGUGCUCCGAGGCCGCUUCGUCUUGCACCCAAGCGCGUGAUAGCCUCAAUAUAGCCUCGUCCGAUGAGCCACGGCCCCCAGAGCACGAUGGCGGCACCGGCCGAGGGGCGCGGACGCAGCCCGGCGGGCGCCGCCCCGGAGAGCGGGACGGGGCCCUGGCGCCCGCAGGAGCUGGCCGCGGCCAGCGGCCUGGCGCAGAUGGUGCGGCGGCUGCCGCUGUCGCAAGACGGCAGCCCCGACACGGAUUCGGCGUCGGGCAGAGUGGCGAUGAGCUGCCUCCUGCGCAGCCUGGACCUGGCCAGCCGCGAGCUGGGGGUGGCGCUCGCGCCGAGGGACUACUGCGCCGGCCUCACGGAGCGCCACCGGGCGCGCUGGACGCAGCCGGGGUGCCUGUACAGCCUGCAGGUGCUCGCCAGCAGCUUCCUGUGCCCCGGCAUCUCCGAGGGCCACAACGAGGUCGUGGUCAAUGGGCAGACAUUCCAGCUGAGCCAGCACUGUGCUCGCUUGUCUGGAAGGCUGCGGCGCUGCUGGGCCGACGUCUUCUGGUUGCUGAAGCAGCUGCGCAAGUUGCCGGCUGAGACCUGGGAGGCGCCUCAGCAGGCGAGCCUGCGCAAGGCCCUGGGCGCCCUGGACCACGCUUGGGCCGCUUUCGAGGAGAGGUUCUUCGCGGAGCUGAAGUUCUACGACAUGCAGGUCCUGAGAGAUGUGCCCAGUGCCUACCUCGUGCGCGGCUUCCGAAGCACCGUCGCCGCGGCGCGGAACGGCGGCGGCGGCGGCGGCGGCGGCGGCUGGUGGGCCAGCACGGGCGGCGGCGCGCAGGAGGCGGCGAGCGGCUACGGGUCCAACUGCAGCCGACAGCUCGUCGACUACAUAUCGCAGUUGAACGUGGCACUCAAUCCAGGCUGCACGGGACGCACCUUCGGAGCCGAAGUGUUGAUGGCGGCCAAGAUGGUCGUUGAAUCUGGUCAGGCGGGGAAGUCGUACCAACAGGGGGCCGUCUUGGACCCAGCCUGCCUUUUUCGCCCGCUGCGCAAUCGAAGCGUUCGACAAGCUGUGUGACCACAUCCUCUGGUGCGCGGACACUGGGAACUCGGGUCAGGAAUUCCGCGCUGGCUUGAUCGAGCUCCUGGUUGCGUGGGAAUCCAGCUGGGAGCUGGCUGCCGCCUACGUGGUCGACGAGAGCGGGCGCUACGCGCUGCGCGCCCUGGUGGACUGCCUGCGCAAGGCUCAAGCCGUCUCGGAAGACUUGGCCGCCAUCUGCGACGAGCGCGAUCCAGAGCUGUUCUUGGUGCUGCCUCGGAUCGCGUGGCUCUGCUUCCUGGAGAGCUGGCCCGAGGUGGCCCCGCUGCUGGCCCCGCUGCUUCCCCAAUGCGGCACGGAGGAACUGCAGGCCGUGCAGCGCGAGUUUUGGCGCGCGAGAGCCGAGCUCGCCAGGGCCUCCGUGGAGGGCCAGGGUGCCCGCGCUUCCGCGGGCGGGGCCGUCGGGCAGGAUCGCGCCCUGCUGACCGCCGCCGUCGUCGGGGUGGGCGGCGACCUCACUGGCCUGGGGCUGCCGCAGAGCACGGAGGAGGCGCUCCGGUCAUUCAUGCGCACGAUGGAAAAGUGGAGCCUGGAGCUCCAGAGGCACCGCGCGGUGGGCUGGAACCGCCUCUGCGGGGUGAUCCUCUGGUGCCUCGAUCCGCGCAGGGAUGAUGAGUCGGAGCAAGAAGGUCAGUGAGCCCGAAGCAGGGCUGCCACUCUGAGAAGCCAUCGGCCACCGGGCCCUUCAGAGCCGAGCUCGUUAGCCGACGUGGUUGAAGGUUCUUUGGCCAACUAACGUGCAGAGUCUUGCAGCAGGACCGAUGCUCAGCUACAGUAGAUAUCAUCAGCAGCUGUGGCUACAGUAGAUAUACGGCUACUGUAGGUGUCAGCCACUACCACCCAGGCGAGGCUCCCCUGUGGACCUUUUGCACCAAUCUGCGCUUGUGGCGAUUUUCGGCACAUUUUUCCCCAAAUAGGCUUGUCUAAGGGGUUCUUAUUUGGUUAAUUAAGGUUGGCGCCUGCCAAGCAAUGCCAAGCACUGCGCCCAUGCAACAGGAAGCUUUCCCCUAAUUGGGACCGCGCCAGGCUUACUUGCAAGACCAGUCUGCACCCACCAACUCUGUCUAUGUUUGUUUCAAGUUUACCAUGUUUCUCAAAUGUUUCAAUCACUUGGCAUCGCUCGGACGUGUGCAUCUUUUCCUCGGCGAGGAGCAUCUUGGAUCAUCUUGGGAAGCAUACACACGGAAUCGGAAAAUGCACAGGGGACGGACGUCCGAGCGAUGGCGAGACCACCCCUGGGCGCAGCGGCUCUUCCGCAGCGGAACUUCUCGUUAUCCCGUGGCUUUCCCGAUCUCGCAAGGGUCAAUCUCACGUGCACGGGAAGACAGCAAGUGUGGCCUCGUGUUCGGGGCGGUGGGCUCCCCGUGGCAUUUUGCAGCGGUCGUGAUCUGACCGGCGUGCGUGUGGUGGCGCUCGCUCGUGGCACGGCGCAGGUCCCAAUUCGAUUAGUUCGCCUCUCACUUUGACGAAUGGGACGGCUGCCUACCAGGAGCGAAAGAAGGACGUACGCGUACAUGAAUCCACGUUGGGGCCGUGUUCAUGUACAUGGUUGG